AUGCCUUCGUAUGUCCGACAACUCUUUAUCGGAGGCUCAACUCGAACUCUUGUGAUUUGUGAACGAACCACUGACAACUCGCUGUCCGGCGGCCCAUCACUAACGACUACCAAACUGCGAGCGAUCGACCAGUGGCUCGUGGACCAGGUGCUGCUGCCGCCAUCUGGCAUGCCUAAGUCAACCCACGUCGGAGUCAGGCGGUUCUGGGCCAACAUUUCGAGCCCUGUCGACAGCAGGAUGAUGUGUACAGCAGAAACGACUUUGGGCAACUUUGGUUGGUGCUGGUCAAUGGACAUCGCGCGCGUGCUUGCUGUCAGAUCUCCCGAGACAGACGAGCAACAUAGACCCGGCAGCUUCGAUGAUGCGGCCUACACUGCACUGCGAUACCUUCGCGAGGGCGGACAAAUCUCAGAUCCCGAACUCAAUGGCGGCCCGCGGGUGCGCCACUCGUCGACCCGCUGGGCGAGUGGGGGAAUGUCCCCCAGCGUGGCCGUGUCGUCUUUCGAACUCCUCGUAACGAAGCACCGCGAUUACCAACGACGAGGAUGUGCUGAGUUUCGCUCCUGCCUGGAUCAACAUGCUCAGCCCGUCUCUGUAUUCUGGCUACACGGCUGGGACAAAGACGAGGAGCUGCGUGGGAUCCGCAAUUCUUUCGGUCUUGACGAUGCCGGCAGCUUCUGCAAUUCUCAGUUCAACACGCGGACUAGCGCACCGCUGGUAGCAGGCGCCCACCUGGUCAAUGUGACUCUGCCUCAAGAGUCUGACUUGAAUUCUACCUACAGGUGUCAGGGCUUCCUUAGAUCCUAG